AUGACGGAACUAAACAGAGCCAGUGGAGAAUAUCGAAAUGGCCUCAAAAAGAUCACUUCCAUGGCCCUCUUUUUGGCACUCAACAUUCUCUUCUUUUCCCUUGGAAGUGCUUGCAACUCCUGCCCUUCCACAACCCCUAACCCUAACCCAAGGCCGAGGCCGAACCCUAUCCCCACCCCCACUCCAUCUGCAAGAGGCAGAUGUCCCAGGGAUGCCCUUAAAUUAGGUGUGUGUGCCAAUGUGCUUAACUUGGUCAAUGUCGUCGUAGGUUCACCCCCGGUGCAACCAUGCUGCUCCCUUCUCCAAGGCCUCGCCGACCUCGAAGCUGCCGUUUGCCUAUGCACCGCACUCAGAGCUAACGUGUUGGGACUCAACCUUAAUAUCCCAAUUUCCCUUAGCUUGCUUCUCAACGUAUGCGGAAGGAGUACUGGCUUCCAAUGCUAAAUUCUCUAUUUUCAGUAUCUUCAUCAUCUUUAUCAUGGUUUCCACUAGUAAAUCAGUGUUUUCGUUUGUUGUUAUAAUUUCUUACAGGGAAUUGAUGUCGAAUAAGCCUAAUACUUUU